AUGCUCGAUGGCGGCUUCGGUCAAGGGGUGCGACUGGCCCUGCUGCGAGUGGCGAUCUUCACGCAAGAGGAGUUUGGAGAAGCAUUGAAGUCGGAAGUUCAAGCAGAGAUGGGGCUGGCCUUCUGCGAACCUGCCUUCUUGCCAGCAGGCCGCGUCGCCAUCGCCGCAGUCGACCCCGAGAAGUGGUUGGCCACGCUGGGAUUCUUAGGCGAUGAUGACUUGGAAACACCAAGCGAUGGUCAGGUUGUGGCAGUACUUCCGCAGAAUGAUUUCGACUCCUUGGUCAGCCUUGGGCCAAUGAACUUCCUUUUUCACUCGGCAGAUAUUCCGCGAGCUCUUCCGGCAGCAGAGAGCACACAGCCGAUGCCCAUCGCAGAGGAUGUGGUCACUGACUUGAGCCCGGACCUCAUGCUGAGUGCUUCUGAGAUGGCUGCGACGGGCAACACAAGUUUCACUCCAAAGCCGCGACCAAAGCCCAAGGCUACUGGUUGA